GGUUAAUAGAGUGUUUACUGACACGAGCCCCCUAAGAGCAGGGUUGCAAGCGUACAAUUUGCGCAAACGCACGCUCGGAGCAUCAGCAGCAGUAGUGGUGAUGCUCUCUGCAUGCCGCAUGUCUUGCGUCGCAUAGCGCACACACACGCGCGCGCACACAGAGAGACGGAAGCGGGAUCGUGUCGGCUGGAAUCACCUUUACACAUUAUUCUGCGUUCGGUAAAAAAGCAAACCGCGACGAAUCCGCGGAAUUUGGGCUCGACACACGCAAAAGCCGAGCACCAGCGCAUUUCCAUCAGCCUCCAAACACGCAACUCGAAGUAAUCAUGGGAAAGCAGAACAGCAAACUGACCCCUGAGGUGAUGGAGGAUCUUGUGAAGAACACAGAGUUUAACGAACAUGAGCUGAAGCAGUGGUACAAGGGUUUCCUGAAAGACUGUCCCAGCGGCCGACUAAACCUGGAGGAGUUCCAGCAGCUCUAUGUGAAGUUUUUCCCCUACGGCGACGCAUCCAAGUUCGCUCAGCACGCAUUCAGGACCUUUGACAAGAACAGCGACGGCACGAUUGACUUCAGAGAGUUCAUCUGCGCCCUGUCCAUCACGUCACGGGGAAGCUUUGAACAGAAGCUCAACUGGGCUUUUAACAUGUAUGACCUGGACGGAGACGGCAAGAUCACUCGAGUGGAGAUGCUGGAGAUCAUAGAGGCGAUAUAUAAGAUGGUGGGCACGGUGAUCAUGAUGAAGAUGAACGAGGAUGGUCUGACACCCGAGCAGAGAGUGGACCGGAUCUUCAGCAAGAUGGAUAAAAACAACGACGACCAGAUCACACUAGACGAGUUCAAAGAGGCGGCCAAGAGCGACCCGUCCAUCGUCCUGCUGUUGCAGUGCGACAUGCAGAAGUGAGGACGCGCAUGCUAGCAUGACCCGGACUGAUCCACGCUCAUUUUCCACCCAGAGUCACUGGACUACUUUUAAACGAACUUUUAUUCUUGUGAUCUGACAACUAGUAUGCAUGAGAAUGUUAAACGCUAAAAGAGUUU